AUGCGAUUGCUUGCCACCUGCCGACCUAUGCCCAGCCUGUUCUUGGCUAGUGAUCCCAGAGAAGAGAAGAUCCAGAAGCCGCAAUCCCAGAAGCGAGAGCGGCUUGAGAGGCUGCAAUUAAAAGACUGGGAAGCAUUAAAAGAACUGAAACAAUCAGGGCAUGAUUGCACAGAAGGUGUUCGUGAUUUCAGCCUACAUAAACAGCAACUUGUAGAAGGAAACGGAGGCUAUGUAAAUAUCAAGGGCCAUCUGUACAAGUGGAGUUUGGAACUGAUAUACAAUCAGCAAAAGCUCAAGGAAGAGAGGGAGGCUAAACGCGCUCGGCUGGAUGGCAGGCAUGAUUACUUACUGGAUAUUGUUGCCUCUUGUGUGAAUCUGGACAAAGCAGAAAUAGAAGAUGCUAUUCUUGAUGGUAACCAGAUAGAGCGCAUUGACAAAUUCCUGGCCCCUGGAGGUUUGCGUCAUCUGAUGUUCUACUGUCAAGAUGUGGAGUCAACUCAUACAGAGCACUUUGGCCUUUCAGGAACAGGAAUGAACUCUCAUUUGACAAAGAAAAAGAAACCCGAAGUAUUUGUCACAGAGGGAAAAGAAGUUGCUUUAACUGGUGUAUGUGUUUUCUUCAUUAGACCUAGUCUUUUUAAACCCAUCACAACUGAGAAUAUCUAUCAGGAAGUAAAUUUUAAUAUGAUGAAUGUAGGUCGAGAUGGCUUACUAAAAAGUGUUGAGCUUUUGAUAUCAGAAAUCUUCAUUCCAGCUUUACAGACUACAGACCGUAGCUGGGUUGAACUUGGUGAACUUCAACAAGCUUCUAAUAUUAAACAUGACUUCCUUUGUUCCCUUGAAGCAUUUGUUAGUGUGCUAUCGGGAGCUCAGCAAAGUCUGUUGGAAAAGGUCAGUCUGAGCAAAUGUGAAACAUACAAUCUGGAAACUCUAAGAGGACCUUCUGAUUACCUGAUGGUUGCUAACAGCAUAGAUUCUCUCAAAAGAAUAGAAGUCUGCAUGAAAGGAUGGACCAAACAAAUUGAACAGGUUCUUGCAGAAAAUGACCAGUUGAGAAAGGAAGCUGAUGACCUUGGACCACGGGCAGAGCUUGAUUACUGGAGAAAAAGAUUGUCAAAAUUCAACUACCUUACGGACCAGCUGAAGAGCCAAGAUGUGAAGGCAGUGCUUGGAGUACUCACUGCUGCUAAAUCCAAACUGCUGAAGAACUGGCGAGUGUUGGAUAUUCGCAUCACAGAUGCAGCAAAUGAAGCUAAAGAUAAUGUGAAGUAUCUAUACUCUCUGGAAAAAUGUUGUGACCCAUUAUACAAUAGUGAUCCUGUGUCCAUGGUGGAUGCUAUUCCAGGUCUCAUAAAUGCAAUUCAAAUGAUUCAGAGUAUCUCUCAGUAUUACAACACGUCUGAAAAGAUAUCCUCACUGUUUGUGAAGGUGACCAAUCAGAUGAUCACAGCAUGUAAAUCUUACAUUACAAACAACAACACGGCCACCAUCUGGAAUCAACCACAGGAGAGAGUUAUGGAAAAGCUACAAGCAGCCAUUAGACUUAAACAGGAGUAUCAAAAUUGCUUUCACAAGGUAAAAGAGAAAUUGGAACAAAAUCCAGCUGAAAGACAGUUUGAUUUUAGUGAGAUGUAUAUCUUUGGAAAAUUUGAAACCUUUCAUCGGCGUCUGGUAAAGAUAAUAGAUGUUUUCAAUACUAUGAAAACCUACUCAAUUCUACAGGAGUCUAAAAUAGAGGGAUUGGAAGGAAUGAUCACUAAAUAUGAGAGCAUUGUUGAUAUCAUGAAGAAACGGCAUUACAAUUUCUUGGAUCAACGGAAGACUGAUUUUGACCAGGACUAUGACGAGUUUUGCAAAGCGAUACAAGAUCUACAUGAUCAAUUAAGGAUUUUCAUGGACAUUACCUUUGAAAAUAUUCUGAGCACUGAAAGAGCACUGAGUAUGUUGAAGAAAUUUGAAAGAUUACAAAUCCCGAACCUUGGCAUUGAUGAAAAGUAUCAGAAAAUACUUCAAAACUACGGUCAUGACAUAGAAACAGUCUGUAAGAUCUACACUAGGCAGAAGCAGGACCCUCCACUGGCACGUAAUCUGCCUCCAAUAGCUGGUAAGAUCUUGUGGGCACGCCACCUAUUCUGUAGGAUCCAGGAGCCCAUGGAGUCUUUCCAGCAGCACCCGGCUGUUCUGCAGACACCAGAUGGCAAGCGUAUAAUCCGCAGCUACAACAAAGUAGCAAAAGUUCUUAUGGAGUUUGAGGUGAUCUACCACAGGGGAUGGCUUCAGCAGAUUGAAUUAACUAAGAGAGGACUCCAGGCAUCUCUCCUGGUAAAAGCUCCAGAAACAGGAGAAUUAUUUGUGAAUUUUGACCCUGAAAUAUUAACUUUAAUCAGAGAAACAGAUUGCAUGGUUUACAUGUGCCUUGAAAUCCCUCCAUUUGCAAGUAUUAUUCAACAUAAGAGAGACUGGUAUAAGAAGAUUGUCAACAAUUUGCAAAUGAUGUUGGCAGAAUAUAAAAGAAUUAAACUGAAAAUACAACACCCUAUUGAACGACUGAUGGCUCCUCAGUUAGCAAAUGUAGAUGAUGCUAUCCAGCCAGGUCUAAUGUUGCUGACUUGGACAUCCUUGAAUAUUGAGAAAUAUAUUAAUACAGUUUUUUACAAGCUAGCUGGGCUGGAGUUGUUGCUUGAUCGAGUGAAUGACUUGGUUGAAUUUCGUAUUGAUGCUGUCCUUCAAGAAAUGACUAGAGUGCCACUCUGUAAGUUGCCAGAAGAUGAACCACUGAGCUGUGAGGAAUUUCUCCAAAAGACUAAGGAACUCUGUGUAAAAGGUUCUCAGACUUUACAUUUAAAAAGCUCGCUGGUGGAAGAUGCUGCUAAUGAGCUGAUUAACAUGUUACUUGACACUGAGGUACAGGUCACUGGUGAAAUAAGGGGGAAAAAUACAGGUAAGAUUUUUUAUGAUGUUUUAUCAACAGAAGAGGAAAUAAGAUCAAAAAGCUUGGCUUCCUCCCACAAUUCCAGUGAGAUAUGGGCUGGACUGUCUCCUCCACCAAAGAGGAAGAGAACAAAUUUAGAAAUAUUAGAAGAAGAAGCCAAUGAACUGCUUUCCUACUUCAAUCAUCGUAAUAUUGAUGCCCUUUUGAAAGUCACUCGAAACACUCUGGAGACCAUACGCAAGCGCAUCCAUGCAUCUUCCAUCAUCAACUUCUUAGAAAAUCACAGUGCUCCUAAGCAGAAAAGAAGUGCUUAUCCUAUAAUUAGGACUAGUAUUAACCUAUCUAUCCCUAAUAUUGUCAUGACACCCACUUUGGAUGAGGUACAACAGAUGCUUAAUAAAGCUGUAGAUAGUAUUGUGAAAGUAAUGAAAGGAGUUGGACAGUGGAGUAAGGAGAGAAUAUCCAAGAAGAAAAUGUUAGAGAGAAAAGUGGCUGUGUUGUGGUGUGAGAGCAGAGACAACGAUUCUGAUGAUGAAAUGAAAGAGACUGGAAAGAAAAACAUACAUGAUAGUGUGUCAGAUGCAGCAUCACUCAGUUUGUCUGAUCCAGUGCAAAGCCAGAACUACUUCAAGAGCAUUUCAGAGAACAAAGAAAUUAUUAAAUUAGUAUCUUUACUCAGCACAGCUAUUAAUUCUACAAAAGGGGAAGUUCUUACAGCUUUGGAGAGUUUUAGUUGUUACCACCAUAUAUGGCAGAGGGACAAGGAAGAAAUCAUUGAUAAAUUAAUGAUGAGAAACCCACUACUCUCUGAUUUUGAAUCUGAAAUUCUACAUUUCCAAGACUUGGAGCUGAAAAUCAAUUCUGAGCCUGAAUACAUCUGCGUGGGAGCUGUUGCACUGUACACUGCUGAUCUGAAGCUAGCACUGAGAGUGGAAACCAAAGCCUGGAUGACUUUGCUGGGGUGUCAUUGUAAUAAGAAGUACAGAACAGAGAUGGAAGUAAUUUUUGCUUUUAUAGAGGAAACUGGCAAGAAGUUAAAUCGCCACAUCAAGGAUCUGGAUGAUAUAAGAAUAGCCAUGUCAGCUUUAAAAGAGAUCAGAGAACUACAGAUCUCCAUAGACUCUCAAAUUGGGCCCAUUGAGGAAUCCUAUGCUUUGUUAAACAAAUAUGGUCUACUUGUGGACAAGGAAGAGAUAGAGAAGGUGGACACUUUGCACUACACUUGGGAAAAACUGCUAGUCCGUGCAAAUGAAGUGCAGAAUGAGCUCAUUGCUUUGCAGCCAAACUUCAGAGGAGAGCUUAUUAGAGCUGUGAAAACUUUUACAGAAGAGUGUGCACAGUUCUAUGCAGAUUAUGAUCAGAACGGGCCAAUGGUGGUUGGUUUAGAGCCUCAGGAAGCCAAUGACAGGCUUACCAUGUUUCAGAAUCGAUUUGAUAAUCUUUUUCGGAAAUAUAUUACUUAUACUGGUGGGGAAGAUCUUUUUGGUUUGCCUGUUACUCGGUAUCCUCAGCUGCUUGAAAUAAAGAAGCAAUUGAAUCUGUUACAGAAACUCUAUAAUCUAUAUAACAAUGUCAUUGACACAGUCAGUGGCUACUAUGAUAUUCUUUGGUCAGAAUUAGACACUGCAAAAAUUAACAGUGAACUUCUGGAGUUUCAGAACAGAUGCCGUAAGCUUCCUCGUGGUGUAAAGGAAUGGCAGGCCUUUUUUGACCUAAAGAAGAUCAUUGAGGACUUAAGCGAAUGUUGCCCAUUGCUUGAGCGUAUGUCAAGUAAAGCAAUGAUGCCUCGGCACUGGAAGCGGAUUACAGAUCUGACUGAACACAACUUUGAUGUGGAAAGUGAAACAUUCAAACUGAGGAAUAUAAUGGAAGCUCCACUAUUGAGAUAUAAAGAGGAAAUAGAGGAUAUCUGCAUAAGUGCUGUGAAAGAGAGAGACAUUGAGCAGAAGUUAAAACAAGUGAUAGCUGAAUGGGACAACAAGACAUUUAUCUUUGCAAACUUUAAAGCCCGUGGGGAACUUCUUUUAAGAGGUGACAGUGCAUCAGAAACAAUUGCUACCAUGGAGGACAGCUUGAUGAUUCUUGGCUCUCUCAUGAGUAACAGAUACAACACACCAUUCAAGACACAGAUUCAGAAAUGGGUGCAUUAUCUUUCCAACACAACAGAUAUCAUUGAGAACUGGAUGACUGUGCAGAACUUGUGGAUUUAUUUAGAAGCUGUUUUUGUUGGUGGUGACAUAGCAAGGCAGCUUCCAAAGGAAGCAAAGCGUUUCUCUAACAUUGAUAAAUCCUGGGUGAGGAUCAUGACCCGAGCUCAUGAAACACCUAAUGUUGUUCAGUGCUGCAUUGGAGAUGAAAUCAUGGGACAGUUACUACCACAUUUAUUAGAACAGCUCGAAAUCUGUCAGAAAUCACUCACAGGGUACCUGGAGAAAAAGCGCCUCCUAUUUCCACGAUUCUUCUUUGUGUCGGAUCCUGCUCUCUUAGAAAUUCUUGGCCAGGCUUCAGACUCUCACAGUAUACAGGCACAUCUGCUGAAUGUCUUUGACAACAUUAAAACUGUCAGGUUCCAUGAAAGGAUCUAUGACCGUAUAUUGUCAAUUAGUUCACGAGAGGGUGAGACUGUAGAGCUGACUAGACCUGUAAUGGCUGAAGGUAACGUUGAAGUUUGGCUUAAUUCCCUGUUGAAGGAAUCUCAGCUGUCACUGCAUCACAUUAUUCGCCAGGCAGCUGUGCACAUCCAGGAAUCUAGUUUCCAGCUGACUGAAUUUCUUUCUACUUACCCAGCCCAGGUUGGGUUGUUGGGGAUCCAAAUGAUUUGGACAAGAGACUCAGAAGAAGCUUUGACUAAUGCCAGGUAUGAUAAAAAAAUUAUGCGAAAGACGAACCAGUUUUUCCUGGAUCUUCUAAACAUGCUGAUAGAUAUGACAACAAAAGACCUUAGCCCAGUUGAGCGAGUUAAAUAUGAGACAUUAAUCACUAUUCAUGUGCAUCAGAGGGACAUUUUUGAUGGUCUGUGUUGCAUGCAUAUCAAGAGCCCUACAGACUUCGAGUGGCUCAAACAGUGUAGAUUUUAUUUCAAUGAAGACUCUGAUAAAAUGAUGAUUAAGAUCACUGAUGUGGGUUUCACAUACCAGAAUGAAUUCUUGGGCUGCACUGACAGGCUUGUCAUAACACCUCUUACAGACAGAUGUUACAUCACUUUGGCUCAAGCUUUAGGCAUGAACAUGGGUGGAGCACCUGUAGGACCUGCAGGAACUGGAAAAACUGAAACCAUCAAAGAUAUGGGACGGUGCCUUGGAAAAUAUGUAGUUGUCUUCAACUGUUCAGACCAGAUGGAUUUCCGAGGGCUUGGGAGGAUCUUCAAAGGUCUUGCUCAGUCUGGCUCCUGGGGUUGCUUUGAUGAAUUCAAUCGUAUUGAUUUACCAGUACUAUCAGUAGCUGCACAGCAAAUUGCAGUUGUGUUGACAUGUAAGAAGGAACAUAAAAAAAGCUUUAUUUUUACUGAUGGAGAUAAUGUGGAAAUGAACCCAGAAUUUGGCAUCUUUCUUACUAUGAAUCCAGGAUAUGCUGGACGGCAAGAACUCCCUGAGAACCUGAAGAUCAACUUCCGUUCAGUGGCUAUGAUGGUUCCUGAUCGUCAGAUCAUAAUUCGUGUCAAACUGGCUAGUUGUGGUUUCAUUGCUAAUGUUGUAUUGGCAAGGAAAUUCUUUACACUAUACAAGCUGUGUGAAGAACAACUGUCAAAGCAGGUGCAUUAUGAUUUUGGCUUGCGGAAUAUAUUGUCAGUGCUACGUACACUAGGAGCAGCAAAAAGAGCAAAUCCCACAGAUACUGAAGCUACCAUUGUCAUGCGUGUGCUGAGAGACAUGAACCUGUCUAAACUAAUUGAUGAAGAUGAACCAUUAUUCCUGAGUCUAAUUGAAGAUCUAUUUCCAGAUAUCUAUCUUGAUAAAGUAGGCUAUCCUGAACUGGAAGCUGCCAUUGACAAACAGGUGGAGGAAGCUGGACUUGUUUGUCAUCCUCCUUGGAAGCUGAAAGUUAUCCAGCUUUUUGAAACCCAGAAAGUAAGGCAUGGAUUGAUGACACUAGGACCUAGUGGUGCAGGCAAAACUGUUUGCAUUCACACUUUAAUGAAAGCCAUGACAGAUUGUGGACAACCACAUCGUGAAAUGAGAAUGAAUCCAAAAGCUAUAACUGCUCCGCAAAUGUUUGGUCGUCUCGAUGUGGCAACAAACGAUUGGACAGAUGGAAUAUUUUCAGCACUCUGGAGAAAAACUUUAAGAGCCAAGAAAGGUGACCACAUCUGGAUAGUUCUUGAUGGUCCGGUUGAUGCUAUUUGGAUUGAGAACCUUAAUUCUGUACUGGAUGAUAACAGAACUCUGACUCUAGCAAAUGGAGAUCGGAUACCCAUGGCACCAAAUUGCAAAAUAGUCUUUGAACCUCAUAAUAUUGAUAAUGCUUCUCCAGCAACAGUUUCAAGGAACGGGAUGGUAUUCAUGAGCUCAUCAGUUCUCAACUGGAGCCCUAUCCUUGAGGGAUUUUUGAAAAGAUGUUCAUUCCAAGAAGCUGAAAUUCUACGUCAGCUGUUUUCUUCAUCAUUCCCAGACUUAUACCGCUUCAGCAUUCAAUCUCUGCAAUGCAAGACUGAGAUGUUGGAAGCCUUUGUGAUUAUGCAGAGUAUUAAUAUGCUGCAGGGCCUUAUCCCACCUAAGGAGCAAGGAGGGGAAUUGACUGCAAAAUACUUGGAAAGGCUGUACGUCUUCUCUCUUAUGUGGAGUGUAGGAGCAUUACUAGAACUGGAAGACAGAUGCAAAAUGGAACACUGGCUUCGAAACCAUGCAACAAUAAAACUUGAUCUCCCCUGUAUCCCAGAAGGCAGUGAAGAUACCAUGUUUGAUUAUUAUGUGGCAUCUGAUGGUCAAUGGAUGCACUGGAAUACACGUGUUAAAGAGUAUGUAUAUCCCAGUAGCAGCACUCCAGAGUAUGGAACCAUUCUUGUGCCUAAUGUUGACAAUGUGAGGAUGGAUUUCCUUAUUGAAAUCAUUGCAAAACAGGGCAAGGCUGUCCUACUAAUUGGUGAGCAAGGAACUGCAAAGACUGUCAUCAUCAAAGGUUUUAUGUCAAAGUAUAACCCUGAAAGCCACAUGGCUAAGAGUUUGAAUUUUUCAUCUGCAACUACGCCAUUAAUUUUCCAGCGUACAAUAGAAAGUUAUGUGGACAAGCGCAUGGGCACAACUUACGGUCCACCUGCAGGCAAAAAGAUGACAGUCUUCAUUGAUGAUGUGAAUAUGCCCAUAAUAAAUGAAUGGGGAGAUCAGGUCACUAAUGAGAUAGUUAGGCAGCUGAUGGAACAGAACGGACUGUACAACCUGGAAAAGCCUGGUGAAUUUACCAACAUUGUGGACAUUCAGUUUUUGGCUGCCAUGAUCCACCCUGGGGGAGGUCGCAAUGACAUUCCACAGAGGCUCAAGAGACAAUUUUCUGUGUUCAACUGUACUCUGCCUUCUAAUUCUUCCAUUGACAAAAUUUUUGGUGUAAUUGGAGAAGGGCACUAUUGUGGUGAGCGGGGAUUUUCAGAAGAUGUGAAGAAAACAGUAGCCAAACUGGUUCCACUGACACGCAGGCUAUGGCAGAUUACCAAACUAAAAAUGUUGCCCACACCAGCCAAAUUCCAUUAUGUCUUCAACCUUCGAGAUCUCUCAAGGAUUUGGCAAGGAAUGCUGAAUAGUACAUCAGAAGUGAUCAAUGAACCAAAGAUUAAGCUUCUUGCACACUCAACUGAAUCUGUGGCAAAACUCAUUGAGGAGGAAUUUGAUGAAGCAAAAGCUUUGCUGGAUCCUGAAACUGAUGCAUUCUUUGUUGACUUCUUAAGGGAUGCACCUCAAAGAACUGGUGAAAAACCAGAGGAAGUUCAUUUAGAUAUUCCCAAAAUUUAUGAGCCUAUUUACUCCUUUCAUCAGCUACGGAAUCGUUUAAAUAUGUUUUUACAAGCAUACAAUGAGAAUGUCCGUGGAACUGGAAUGGACAUGGUUUUCUUUGAGGAUGCUAUGAUUCAUUUAGUCAAGAUUUCUCGAGUGAUUCGCACUCCUCGUGGAAAUGCUCUUUUAGUUGGAGUUGGUGGCUCAGGAAAGCAGAGCUUGACAAGACUGGCAUCUUUCAUAGCUGGCUAUGAUACCUUCCAGAUAAUGUUAACGAGAUCGUACAACACUUUAAACUUGAUGGAAGAUCUGAAACUCUUGUACAGAACAGCAGGACUGCAAGGCAAAGGCAUCUGUUUUCUUUUUACAGACAAUGAGAUCAAAGAUGAGUCUUUCUUGGAAUACCUGAACAAUGUUUUAUCAUCUGGAGAAGUGUCAAACUUAUUUGCACGUGACGAAGUAGAUGAGAUCAUUAGUGACCUCAUACCCACCUUCAAAAAGGAACAUCCACGUAGACCUCUGACCAGUGAGGUUCUGCAUGACUACUUCAUGACCAGAGUCCGUCAGUACCUUCAUGUAGUUCUUUGCUUUUCACCAGUAGGUGAAAAAUUCCGAAACAGGGCCUUGAAGUUCCCUGCUCUCAUUUCUGGAUGCACUAUAGAUUGGUUCAGCCGAUGGCCUAAGGAUGCUCUAGUGGCAGUAUCUGAACAUUUCCUGUCCUCAUUUGAUAUGGACUGCACUGCUGAUACAAAGAGGGAAAUUGUACAGUGUAUGGGCUCAUUCCAGGAUGGAGUGGCAGAGAAGUGUUCUGAUUAUUUCCAAAGAUACAGACGUUCUACUCAUGUGACUCCCAAAUCCUACAUGUCCUUUAUUCAGGGAUAUAAAAUCACAUACAGAGAAAAGCAUGCUGAGUUACAGACAUUAGCAAACAGAAUGAAUACUGGACUGGAAAAAUUGAAAGAGGCCUCUGAGUCAGUGGCUGCUUUAAGCAGAGAGCUGGAGGUAAAAGAAAAGGAACUUCAAGUUGCCAAUGAAAAAGCUGACAUGGUACUGAAAGAAGUUACUGUAAAAGCACAGGCUGCUGAGACAGUGAAGGGUGAAGUUCAGAAAGUGAAAGACAAAGCUCAAGCUAUUGUAGAAAGUAUCUCAGUUGACAAAGCCAUUGCUGAAGAGAAGUUGGAAGCAGCUAAGCCUGCUUUGGAAGAGGCAGAAGCAGCCUUACAGACAAUAAAACCUGCAGAUAUUGCCACUGUCCGCACACUGGGUCGACCUCCUCACCUCAUUAUGCGUAUCAUGGACUGCGUGUUACUGCUCUUUCAGCGAAAAGUGAACAAUGUGAAAAUUGAUCAGGAAAAAUGCUGUACCAUCCCAUCGUGGCAAGAAUCCUUGAAGCUGAUGACAGCAGGGAACUUCUUACAGAACCUACAGCAGUUUCCAAAGGACACAAUUAAUGAAGAAGUGGUAGAACUUUUGAGUCCUUAUUUUGAAAUGACAGACUACAACAUUGAGACAGCUAAGAGAGUAUGUGGGAAUGUUGCUGGCCUUUGCUCAUGGACCAAAGCUAUGGCUGUAUUUUUUUCCAUCAACAAAGAAGUAUUACCUUUAAAGGCUAAUUUAGCAAUCCAGGAGAAUCGCCUAACUACUGCUAUGAUGGAUCUGCAGAAAGCUCAAGAAGAACUAGGUGCCAAGCAAGAAGAAUUAGAUACUGUGCAGGCAGAGUAUGAAAAAGCGAUGAGAGAAAAGCAGGCUUUGCUUGAAGAUGCUGAGCGUUGCCGUCAUAAAAUGCAAACUGCCUCAAGUCUGAUAAGUGGUUUAGCAGGUGAAAAAGAGAGGUGGACAGAGCAGAGCAAAGACUUUGCCAUGCAAACCAAGAAGCUAGUGGGUGAUGUACUCCUGGCUACGGCUUUUCUGUCCUAUUCUGGUCCUUUUAACCAAGAGUUCCGCAAUCUGCUAUUAAAUGACUGGCAAAAGGAAAUGAAAAGCCGGAAAAUCCCCUUUGGUGACAACUUGAACCUCAUAGAAAUGUUGACUGAUGCUGCAACCAUCAGUGAAUGGAACCUACAAGGAUUACCAAAUGAUGAGUUAUCCAUUCAGAAUGGAAUCAUUGUCACUAAAGCAUCUCGUUAUCCUUUAUUAAUCGAUCCACAGGCACAGGGUAAAAUUUGGAUAAAAAAUAAAGAAGGCAGAAAUGAACUUCAGAUCACUUCUUUGAAUCACAAGUAUUUUAGAAAUCACUUAGAAGACAGCCUUUCUUUGGGAAGACCUCUUUUGAUAGAAGAUGUCGGAGAAGAGCUUGACCCAGCUCUCGAUAAUGUUUUGGAAAGGAACUUAAUUAAAACAGGCUCAGCCAACAAGGUGAAGGUUGGUGAUAAGGAAAUAGAUGUUAUGAAUGGCUUCAGACUUUACAUUACUACAAAACUGCCAAAUCCAGGUUACUCUCCUGAAAUUAGUGCUCGAACCUCCAUCAUUGACUUUACUGUGACCAUGAAAGGUCUUGAAAAUCAGCUCCUAGGCAGAGUCAUUCUCACAGAGAAACAGGAAUUAGAGAAAGAAAGAACAGAUCUUAUUGAAGAUGUGACUAUGAACAAAAGAAGGAUUAAAGACCUAGAAGAUAACCUUUUGUUCCGACUUACAAGCACUAAGGGUUCUCUGGCAGAUGAUGAGAGUCUAAUAAUUGUAUUGAGUAGCACUAAGAAGACUGCUGAGGAGGUAACAGAGAAACUGCAAACUUCUGCUGAAACUGAAGUCCAGAUCAACUCAGCCCGUGAAGAGUACAGACCUGUUGCAACUCGGGGUAGCAUCUUAUAUUUCCUUAUUACUGAGAUGAGCAUGGUCAAUGUGAUGUAUCAGACUUCGCUUCGACAGUUUUUGGGGCUUUUUGACCGCUCCCUAGACAGGUCUACCAAAAGCCCUAUAACUAGCAAGAGGAUUACUAAUAUCAUUGAACAUAUGACAUAUGAAGUGUUCAAAUAUGCUGCCAGAGGACUCUAUGAGGAGCACAAAUUUCUUUUCACAUUAUUACUUACAUUAAAGAUUGAUAUACAAAGAAACAGAGUGAAGCAUGAAGAAUUUCUGACAUUUAUUAAAGGUGGUGCUUCCCUAGACCUUAAAGCUUGUCCUCCUAAACCGGCUAAAUGGAUUCUGGAUAUGACAUGGCUGAACUUGGUGGAGCUCAGUAAGCUUAAACAUUUUUCAGAUAUUCUUGAUCAGAUUUCGAGAGCAGAGAAACAGUGGAAAAUCUGGUUUGAUAGUGAGAAUCCUGAAGAAGAACUGCUUCCUAGUGGCUAUGGUCAAUCCUUGGACUGCUUCAGACAUCUUCUUCUUAUCAGAUCUUGGUGUCCUGACAGGACCAUAGCUCAGGCAAGAAAAUACAUCAUUGAAACUAUGGGGGAGAAUUAUGCAGAGGGAGUCAUCUUGGACUUGGAGAAGACAUGGGAAGAGUCAGAUCCACGUACUCCUCUCAUAUGCUUUCUUUCCAUGGGCUCUGAUCCUACGGACUCAAUUAUUGCUUUGGGAAAAAAAAUGAAGACAGAGACGCGUUAUGUUUCCAUGGGCCAGGGGCAAGAAAUCCAUGCUCGUAAACUUCUACAGCAGACAAUGGCUCAUGGAGGUUGGGCACUUCUGCAAAACUGCCACCUUGGACUUGACUUCUUGGAUGAGUUGAUGGACACUGUAAUGGAGACAGAGACUGUCCAUGAAAGCUUUCGUUUAUGGAUGACAACUGACAUUCACAAACAGUUCCCCAUCACCCUUCUUCAAAUGUCUAUUAAGUUUACCAAUGAACCACCACAAGGGCUCAGAGCUGGACUGAGGAGAACAUACAGUGGUGUCAGCCAGGAUUUACUAGAUGUCAGUGACAUGGCACAAUGGAAACCAAUGUUGUAUGCUGUAGCCUUUCUACACUCCACUGUCCAAGAAAGACGCAAGUUUGGAUCUCUGGGUUGGAAUAUACCCUAUGAGUUUAAUCAAGCUGAUUUCAAUGCUACUGUGCAGUUCAUUCAAAACUACUUAGAUGGCAUGGAUGCCAAGAAGGGGAUCUCCUGGAGUACUGUUUGUUACAUGAUAGGUGAGAUCCAGUAUGGUGGCCGUGUGACAGAUGACUAUGACAAAAGACUCAUGAACACCUUUGUAAGGGUUUGGUUCAGUGAAAAUACAUUCAGUCAGGAAUUCAGCUUCUACAAAGGAUACAGCAUACCUAAAUGUAUUACGGUGGAUCAAUAUCUUCAGUACAUACAGAAUCUUCCUGCUUAUGACACACCAGAGGUGUUUGGUUUGCACCCCAAUGCGGAUAUCACUUACCAAGCUAAACUUUCCAAAGAUGUAUUGGACAUCAUCCUCAGUAUUCAACCUAAAGAUAGCUCUGGUGGAGGAGGUGAAACCCGCGAGGCAGUUGUAACCAGACUGGCUGACGAUAUGCUGGAAAAGCUUCCUGCUGAUUAUGUACCAUUUGAAGUAAAAGAGAGACUAAAGAACAUGGGACCUUUUCAGCCUAUGAACAUAUUUCUGCGACAGGAGAUUGAACAAAUGCAGAGAGUUAUUUCCUUAGUGAGAAGCACUCUGACUGAUCUAAAACUUGCCAUUGAUGGGACAAUUGUUAUGAGUGAAAACCUGAGGGAUGCUUUAGACUGCAUGUAUGAUGGAAGGAUUCCUUCUAGGUGGAAAAAAGCGUCUUGGGCUUCCAGUACACUUGGUUUCUGGUUUACUGAGCUUCUAGAAAGAAACCAUCAGUUUUAUAACUGGAUUUUUGAAAGCCGACCAAACUGCUUCUGGAUGACGGGUUUUUUUAAUCCUCAAGGAUUUUUAACUGCAAUGAGGCAGGAAAUAACAAGGGCUAACAAAGGAUGGGCUCUUGACAGUGUAGUGCUGUGCAAUGAGGUCACUAAAUGGAUGAAGGAUGAUAUCACAAGCCCUCCUUUGGAAGGUGUCUAUGUGUAUGGGCUGUAUUUAGAAGGAGCUGGUUGGGACAGAAGAAAUAUGAGACUGACUGAAUCAAAGCCCAAGGUGCUUUUUGAGAUGAUGCCGGUUAUAAGGAUAUAUGCAGAGAAUAACACUUCCAAAGAUCCACGUCUGUAUUCAUGUCCGGUCUACAAAAAGACCAUUCGAACAGAUAUGAAUUACAUUGCUGCUGUGGAUCUUAAAACUCUUCAGCCUCCAGAGCACUGGGUACUGCGUGGGGUAGCACUUCUGUGUGAUGUCAAGUAAUGUUAAAAAAAAAGGUUUCUAAGAGUUCUUUUCUGGUUUUAAAUGUAAACAUCAAUAUGUAGUUAGCUAUACAAUGGAUCACUUCUAAAAAUUUUCUAAGGCAUAGACUCCAUUAUGGUAUUUAAAAAAACCUGUUCUCAGUAAACCUCUACAACAGGCUUAUAAAUGCUAAAUCUUAGAGUGAUAUUGUCUGGUAAAUAGAUUGAAGUACUAUAUUUGAUGUCUUGACAAAUACUUAGUGUUCCUAUCUUACUAUUUUCUAAUUUUACCUUGAAUAAAGAUUAAUUUACUUAAACAUUUUUACUUUUCAGUGGUAAAUAUGCUUGUAUCAGGGCUUACCUUCAAGACGUUAAAUGCAAUGCGCUUUUUUUUUGUGUAUGUGGGUUAUCUGUGGAAAGCUAAGCCCAGUUGUUCAUUCAUAUUAGUUAAUAUCCCUCAAGAAGAUGUUCCAAGCUUUAUUUCCUAGCUAAUAAUUUCUAGUUUCCUUGCUGUCCAAGUAAGGAAGGUGAGACUGGAAAAAUGUCACACCUGUUUUGCCACUUGGAGAACAACUGUGUUACAUAGGAAAAUAAGCAUUUGACAACUGCCAGAAUUCCAUAUUUGGUUCAUGACUUAUAAAUAUGUAAUGGAUAGGAAGAA